UGGAGUAGUUCCUUUCGCCAGAGCCGCUGGCCAAAGCUGCUGCGGUGCGCAUCAGAUGUCGGCCUUGCACUGGGGCAGGCAACGCCAAGUGCUGGGCUACCCCAGUUACCUGUCAAGACCCUGGGCCGGCUGCUGGCCCAGCCAGGUGCGCUGAACAGUGUUGACUUUGAGGCUGCAGUUUCCUUGGCCAUGGCCCAGGUGGAACACAUGGAUGGUAAGGAUUGCAUUCGAGUCCUUGGAGCCUUGGCGCAAGUGUCGCAGAAGCCAGAGCCAGCAGCUUUGCAAUCCUUGGGGGUCCAACUUUCGGAGCGCUUGGGAGACAUUUCCACCAGCGACAUGGCAGGGUUGGCUGAAAACCUUGCGGUGGUGAGCGCCCCGGUUGCUCCGGUCUUCGCACGCCUGUCCUUCGCUUUCAGCAAACGUGUCUCGGUUGCCAACCCCCGGCAACUCACCCAAGUGGCUUCGGCCUUUGCCAGGGCGCGCCUUGCAGAUCGGCGCCUGAUGCCGAGGUUGGCGCAAGGAGCACUGAAGCAGCUGCACCUUUUUUCACCGCAAGACCUUUCUGCCUUCAUGUCCUCAUUUGCAGCUCUUGGCCUUUGUCAUGAGCCUUUGCUCACAGGCUCAGCCAAGGUGGUCGUACAGCUUGGCCCUCGACUUUCAGCCAUGGAUUUGGCCCUGGUGGCAUUUUCGUAUGCUCAGUUCUUCUUGGUCUUUCCCAGUGUGGUCUCUUUGCUUCAGGAGCGGCUCCCCAGUUGUGCGCACGAAUUGCCCAAGGACCGACUGGCCGAACUCACAGUGUCCUGUGCCAGAUUGGAAGUGCGGCCCAAGGAGUUGCUGGCCACCUUUGCCAGGAACUUGGACUUGGUCAGUCUCAGUGAUGAGCUGUUUGGUCAAGUGCCCAAGUCCUUGUCCUCACUGGGCCUGGCUUCAUCUCCCAGCAUCCAGCAACAGCUGGAACAGGAGUGCCGGAAACGACUGGAUCAACACAACCGGAGUUUGGACGUUGGAGCUGCGAACACUGGAAGUCCCUGGUGGCUACUGGAUAUCUUGGAAUGCCUGGCUGGUGCAGCAGAUGAGUGCAGGUCAAGCCAGAGUGGCGUUGUCCCAUCCUUUUGGCAAACGACCUUCAAUGCCCUUUGCCCGGUGCUGGUGGGUCUAGUCUCCCAUCUCACAUCGACAGAAGCAGCGACGCUCUACCGUUCUCUGCGGCACCUUCCUCCAUCGCUUGUUCGCCCUGAGAAAAGUUCUCAGCUGCAUGAAGAACUGGCCCUGCGCUGUAUGGGUUUGGCAACUGUUGAGGCCUUUGAUUUCAUUCAACUGACCUCAGUUGUCUAUUCCCAGUUGUGUUUGUAUCCAGAGCUGUGCCUGUCAGAGCACGCGAACCCCAGCUGGACCGCUCUUAGUUCAAGUUGGAAGACUACAUCUGAAGCAUGGAAGCGUUUUGAAGGCCAUCAGCCUGAAGCGCAAGAUGCUCAAUCCCAGUUCCAGGUGUCCGUCCUCUCCAUGGCCUUUGGCCUCGAAAAGUCCCUGGUAGCGAGCCCGGAAUCCAGCCGCCAUCGUCCAGUGGCUCUGGAGCUACAGGAGCACAUUCGGGCCUGUGGCUGCGACGUCCAGGGUCCACAGUGGGAAGGGCCCUUCAAAAUCGACGCCGUGACUGAUGGCAUCUCAUUCUGCUUGAUGCCGGAAGAUGCUUAUUUCAAGAAGCUGUCUGGAAGCUUCAGCUCAGCCCAAGCACCACUGGAAGAAAACAAAUUGGAACUAUGUCAUGAGCGCGCUGCACAACUGUGGUUGCUGAACCUCGCUUCGCGGAAGGUUGUGCCCAUCGCGUUUGAGACCUGGCGUCGGUCAAGCGCCCAAGAGCGCCAACGAAUGAUCCAGCAGACCUUGAAGCCAACGGAGAGCCAGCUCGAUCAAAAAAGUUCAACUCAACGGCAAAUGCUCAUGUGCCUCAUAUGCUGA